AUGGUCGGUCGAACUGAAACUGUCUACAGCCUCUGCCUUCGCCGGAAGCUAACUAUCCAAGGACGUAUGUCUGAAUUAGUAUAUCUGUCGUCUGGCCACGACCACGAAUUGGCAUGUCCACCGUCUGGCCACGACCACGAAUUGGCAUGUCUACCGUCUGGCCACGACCGCGAAUUGGUAUGUCCACCGUCUGACAAGGACCGCGAAUUGGCAUGUCCACCGUCUGGCCACGACCGCGAAUUGGAUGGUACACCGUCAGGCCACGACCACGGAUUGGCAUAUCCACCGUCUGGCCAGGACCACGAAGUGGGCUGUCUACCGUCUGGCCACGACAGCGAAUUGGUAUGUCUGCCGUCUGACCACAACCGCGAUUUGGUAGGUCUGUCGUCUGGCCACGACCUCGAAUCGGUAUGUCCAUCGUCUGACAACGAAUUGACAUGUCCAACGUGUGACCACGACCGCGAAUUGGCAUGUCCACUGUCUGACCACGACCGCAAAUUGGCAUGUCCACCGUCUGGCCACGACAUCGAAUUGGUAUAUCUGGCGUCUGACCACGACCACGAAUUGGCGUUUCCGCCGUCUGGACACGAACUCGAAUUGGCAUGUCUGUCGUCUGACCAUGACCGCGAAUUGGUAUGUCUGUCGUCUGGCCACAACCUAGAAUUGAUAUGUCCACCGUCUGGCCAGGACCACGAAUUGGCAUGUCCACCGUCUGGCCACGACCAUGAAUUGGCAUGUCCACCGUCUGGCCACGACCGCGAAUUGUGGUAUGUCCACCGUCUGGCCACGACCGCAAAUUGGUAUGUCCAUCGUCUGACAACGACCGCGAAUUGGCAUGUCCACCGUCUGGCCACGACCGCGAAUUGUUAUGUCCACCGUCUGACCACGACUGUGAAUUGGCAUGGCAACCGUCUGGCCACGACCGUGAAUUGGUAUGUCCAACAUCUGACCACGAUCACGAAUUGGCAUGUCCACCGUCUGGCCACGACCGCGAAUUGGCAUGUACACCGUCUGACCCACGACCGCGAAUUGGCAUGUACACCGUCUGACCCACGACCACGAAUUGGCAUGUCCACCGUCUUGCGACGACCACGAAUUGGCAUGUCUACCGUCUGGCAAGGACCGCGAAUUGGCCACGCCCUCGAAUUGACAUGUCGACCCUCUGGCCAUGACCACGAAUUGGCUUGUCCACCGUCUGGCCACGACCACGAAUUCGCAUGUCCACCGUCUGGCCACGACCGCGAAUUGGUAUGUCUGCCGAUUGACCACGACCGCAAAUUGGCAUGUCGUCCCACGACAGGGAAUUGGUAUAUCUGGCGUCUUACCAUCACCACGAAUUGUCCACCGUCUGGCCACGACCGCGAAUUGGCAUGUCCACUGUCUGACCACGACCGCAAAUUGGCAUGUCCACCGUCUGGCCCCGACAUCGAAUUGGUAUAUCUGGCGUCUGACCACGACCACGAAUUGGCCUGUCCACCGUCUGGCCACGACCUCGAAUUGGCAUGUCUGUCGUCUGACCAUGACCGCGAAUUGGUAUGUCUGUCGUCUGGCCACAACCUAGAAUUGAUAUGUCCACCGUCUGGCCACGACCACGAAUUGGCAUGUCCACCGUCUGGCCACGACCAUAAAUUGGCAUGUCCACUGUCUGGCCACGACCGCGAAUUGGUGUGUCUGCCGUCUGACCACGACCGCUAA